AAUCAAACAUGGAGGACGAGGUAGCAUGGUGUCCAAAUACGUACCUGCGUUUUCUGCAUUUUUAGGAACACGUCUCUUUUUAAUUUUUUUAUUGAUUAGUUAAACUAAAAGAAAAUGGCAGAACAAAGUAGAAUCGCCCAUAAUUUGGGCGGAAAAAGUCGAACUGCCGAUGUUAACAUCACUGAAAACAUAGAUUUUGCCGGGUUGUAUUUGUCAGAUUCUGUUCUGAGUGGUCUAAAAGAUUCUGGAUUUGUUAGACCUUCCCCAAUACAGUUAAAGGCUAUACCUAUAGGAAGGUGUGGUCUGGAUUUGAUAGUUCAAGCAAAGUCUGGCACUGGAAAGACCUGUGUUUUCAGCGUGAUAGCACUUGAAAGCUUGGCACUGGAGAGCAACAGCACACAGGUGCUUGUCUUGGCACCAACUAGGGAGAUAGCCUUACAGAUCCAGGAUGUGCUGACAUCUAUAGGCAGUGCCAUGAAAGGAUUGCUGUGUCAUACAUUUAUAGGAGGAAUACCACUGAAUGAGGACAGACAGAAACUGAGGAAGUGUCAUAUUGCUGUGGGGUCCCCUGGACGUGUCAAGCAGCUAAUAGAGCAAAAGAUUCUGAAGACUGACAGCAUCAGGAUGUUUAUAUUGGAUGAGGCAGAUAAGCUGCUAGAAGACAGCUUUCAGGAACAGAUAAACUGGAUCUACUCAAUGCUCCCAGAGAAUAAACAGAUGUUGGCUUUGUCUGCCACAUAUCCUGAGUAUCUGGCUCAACAUUUGACCAAAUAUAUGAGGAAUCCAACCUUUAUGAGGCUGAAUGCUAAUGAUCCAGCUUUAUUAGGUAUUAAACAGUAUUUUCAAACUGUUCUCUAUCAUCCACUACCACAGAAGGUGUUUGAAGAGAAGAUAAAGUGGCUCGUAAAACUUUUUUCAUCUGUGGACUUUCAUCAGUGUUUACUCUUCUCCAAUCUGCAGACAAGAGCACAAACCUUGUGUGACAUCCUUAAUUCUAAAGGUUGGCCCUCCACCUGUAUAUCCGGCAGCCAGGACCAGCAGUCAAGAAUGGAAGCCAUGGAUAAGUUGAAGAAGUUCCACUGCAGGGUGCUCAUAUCCACAGACUUGACUUCUAGAGGUAUAGAUGCAGAGAGGGUCAAUCUGGUCAUCAAUCUUGACCUGCCCAGAGAUCAUGAGACAUACCUACACAGGAUAGGCAGGGCAGGGAGAUAUGGCUCCUAUGGUGUGGCGGUUACCUUUGUAUGUGAGGGUGGAGAAGAGCAACAGAUGAGAGCAAUUGAAGCCAAGUGUGGCACACGCAUUGAGGUGUUACCAGAUCCUUUACCAACAGACCUUGCAAAGAAUAUUGACUAUCUUCAAAUGGGUGACUUGGUUUCUAGUGAACAGAUAAUUACGAGACCAGAGGAAGCAGGUGGUGAACCAACUGCUGGCCACCAGGUAGCUAAAUAUGUCAGGACCAAGAUGGGCUACAUGAACACCCAGAAGGACAAUUGUUCUGAUAUGGGUGAUGAGGCCACAGGUACUUGUCUGACUCCAGAAAAUGAAUGUGGCUUAAAGCAGACUAAUUUCAGUGAAGAGGUGUCCUGUUUGUCUGCCAAUUUUCUCAAUGGUACCAAAGAUGGUGGAAGAUAUAAGAAAAAUAAGAAACAAAACAAAACAGGCCAAAUAAAGCACAGUGGCAAUGAAGAUUAUUGUUCCUCAAAAGAGGGCUCAGUUCCAGAUUUUGAUCUAGAAGAUAAAUGCCCCCUUCCACCCCAUGAUGCACCGUCACAGAUGUCUACAAUGGCUUCCAAUAGCGUACCAACAUGUGACACAGGGACUUCAAAGAGUCACUCAGAGAAAGACCAAAUUGUUGCAAGCAUCUUAUCGAAAUUACAGUUGAAGAAGACGACAAACAGUGUCAGAUUAGCAUACAACAAUGUCCUUAAAAGUCACCAAGCUUUCAAACAACAGGAUGGAAGGGACGUUCUGCACCAAGAUUUAAAAGAGAGCGAGGAAGCAACAGAAGUGGCCAAGGCAGUUGAUGAUAAAGAAGAAACACCAGAUGAGAUAGAGACACAACAGUGGUCUUCCCUGGCAAAUGAGAUAGGAUUCUUACUGCAGAAAAUUCACUUAGAUCAACACCACAUGUUGUGCAGAUAUGAUUCCAAAGAUGUAACAAAUAGGUCUAGUUCCAGCAGUUUGCAGAAGCAUCCUGACCAAGUUUCAGGAGAGAAAGAAUACAAAAGUGGAAAACAUUUACCAGAAGAAAUACCCAAUUAUGCUGGAAAAAUCACACGCCCAAAAACUAGUUCAGAAAAGGCAGACAAGGCAGAAAAGACAGACAGCCAUCAGAGUACAAGUGCAAAUAUAUGUGGAAAAGCCCAGGGUAAUACCACCCAGUUAGCAGUUAAUAUAAAAGAAAAUUAUGAUACCCCCCAAAUAAAAUUAGGUGGAGUUUUGAAUGGAAACAUGCGGUCCGAUGAGCUAAGCACACUUGAUGUUGAAAAUAAUUAUGGGCUAAAGUGGGCACUGGACUCCAGGAAUUCCAUUGCUGCACAGGAUGGUGGAGAUGAUGGAGAAAGGGCUUCUUCCUCUGAGUUUGAAUCCACAAGGUCUAAUUCAAUCUACUCUUACUCAUCUGACGAGAGUAACAGUGAAGAUGAAAUAGAAGACACAUGCUUUGAUGGCGAUGAUGUGAUUCAGCAACAGAGCACUAAUCUUUGCCAAUACAGCUGUUAUGGAGGCUAUAGUGCUGAAAAUCAGUGGUAUCCUGGUUCAGAACAAUAUUACGCUGAUGCAUAUACAGAGGAAUACUUUAGAGAAGACAGUGGCUCACACUAUGAUAAUAUACACAGGGGUAAUUAUGAUACUGAAAACAAGGCAGAUCAGUAUUAUGAAGGUGGUUAUACAGUUUAUGACAGUGACCACUAUGGGCAAUAUAGCACUGCAGAUUAUUACUAUAGACAGAGCCGUGACUACAAAACAAAAUCUCAUAAUAAUCAUCACAAAAAUGACCCCAAAGAUGACAUAGAAUGGUCAGCAUGGCAGCAAUAUGAUAAGACGCGUGCAGAGGCUGCUGCUGCUGCUGGUCUUGCUCCCCCCAGCGCCAUCUAUUGGUUGCCUUGUAUGGUACCUGUACCAUGCUUUACAUAUACUAACACAGAUAUGCAGGCAUGGAUGAAAAGUUAUCAAGACUAUGUGGAACAAUACUGUGGGCUGUAUGCUAAUUGUGGAAAUAAUGCCCAGUUCAGUAAGAAAUGAUAUUAUUUACAAAUUAACAAGAAGAUGUUUAUGUGCACUGGACCGGUACUGAUAUCUGUCAGCUGUAUUUCUGAAAGUUUUAGCUUUAUCUUCAUGGUUUGUCUUUGUUUAUUUGGCCUGUCUUCUUUAAUUUGCCAUUAUUUGUUUUCCUUGUUCAUUUAAUCUAUUAAUACGUAAUUUCUUUAAUAUUUUUAUUUACCUGUUUUUAUUUAGUACAGUAUGUUUAAUUAUCAAUGUCAAUGCUCCUUAUAAAUUUUUCAGUGUUAGAUUUCUGUAUUGCUGUUUGUUUUGUAGUCUUUAUCAACAAAAACUGUACUUAAUUGCAUAAUGUAAAAUUACUGACUUUUCACAAAAAAUGUUUAGAUAUAUUUUAUUUCCUUAAAAAGCUGAUCAGAUUGUGUGCUUAAUUAGAAGUUGAUGAUAAACAAAAACAAUUAUUUUCACCAGAAAUUUGUUAAUUUGAGAAGGUAAAAAUUAACAAAAAAUCGUCUCUGUGUAAAUAUGGCAGUACUUUUUUUUGUUGGCUGUGCGGUAAAUUCCGUUAAUGAUAUCAAAAACGCUUAAAACAAGCAAAAUACCACCUGCAUUAUACAGAAAUAAUUUAGAACAUUGAUAUAAAAACUGUGCACUGAUAAAGUUCAUUAUGCAUAAUAAAUUGCGUGACCAGGUAAA